AUGAAGCAGAGGAGGAAAAGCAGAGCAUCAAAACUCAAAGAACAAAAGAAGAUAAGCCGUACACCUGCCCUCAGUGUGGAAAGAGUUUAAGUUGCAAAGGAAGCCUAAAGACACACUUAAGAAUUCACACUGGAGAGAAACUGCAUACAUGCUUUCAGUGUGGAAAGAGUUUUUCUCAAUUAUCAGGUCUCAGUUAUCAUCUACGCAUUCAUUCUGAAGAAAAACCAUUCAGCUGUGAUCAGUGUGGGAAAAGUUUCAGAAGUAAACAUGAUCUCGGUCAUCAUCUGCACAUUCACUCUGGAAAAACAUUUAACUGUGAUCAGUGUGGUAAAGAUUUUACUUCAUCAUCAUAUCUAAAACGACACAUGAAAGUUCAUUCAGAUGAGAAGCCUUAUGUUUGUUCUUUCUGUGGAAAGAGUUUUUCAUUGCGGCGCAGCUUUAGAGAGCACCAGAAAAGACAUAUUGAAGUGAAAAAUCAUGUGUGCUGUGACUGUGGGAAGAGCUUUACGAGAGCUACCGGUCUGAAACAGCACCAAAGAAUUCAUACUGGUGAAAAACCUUACAAGUGCUCAUAUUGUGACAAGAGUUUCGCUCGGUCUGGACACCUGAAAACACAUGAGCGAACUCAUACUGGAGGGAAGUCGUACUACUGUACUCAGUGUGGGAAAACGCUUGAUAAACAUGUAAAACUCAGCACUCAUAUGAAAAUAUGUUGCAAGUGAGAAAUACUUUUUUUUAUGUCAAAUACAUUCAACUAAAUAGUGUGAGAUAAAAUAUGGAGUUUGUCCUAAAUGCACAGUAUCAUCUAGUUCAAUUUUGUCAAUUUGGCAAAAAGCUUGGAAAAUGAUAAAGACUAAAAAGUUGAAGCUUCAGCAGUCAACAGCACUUUUAGGUGCUAAAUAGGUGAAAGUGAAAGCCAAGUGUGGUAAAACAUACUUGGAAUUUGUCCGCUGCAUUUAAACCAUCCAAGUUAAUUCAUACACAUAAUAAGUAGUGAAUAGUGAUCACACACAAACACCUGGAGCAGUGGGCAGCCAUUCACGACAGCGUCCAGGGAGCGAUUGGGCACUUCAUUCAUUUCCUGUGGGUAUUUAGACUCAACCUGCAACCCUUUGGGUUAACAGUCUGACUCUAACUGUUAGGCCACGACUGCCCCAAGGUCUUUCUAGAAUUAGAUCUAUUCAUGUUAUUUACUUAUUGACUAAGUGUACUAUAUUGUGUUCUGAAACAAAUACAUCCCGUCUUGAUUUAUUGAAUGGAUUAUAUUGUUUUAAUCACAUUAAUAAUUUCAAACUUUCAGUGAUAAAUAUGUUUGAGAUGUACAGUAUUAUUGUAAAGUAAACUCAAAUGAUCAGGUUUUGUAUCAUACAAAGAGGUUGGAGUUCAUUUUUAUGAAGUUUGCAUUAUUGACUGCUUACGAACAAUAAAGUACCAAAGCUUCAGUUCAGCAAAGAUUUAUAUGAAGGGCAAAUGAAAAAAGUGGGAAAGGUUUUUUUGUUUUUUUUGAAAAGAUACAAAUCAUUGUCAGGUAAUUAGCAAAAUAAGAAAUUGCACUUCAGUUAGUUUUAUAACGAAUGCCUUAUGUAAUUUUUCUACUAAAAAAUUAAUCCAACAACUAGUCAAAAUGAUAUUUUCAAAUAUCUGAAUUUUACUCACUCUAUGUCGAAUCUGCUGUUGUGUGACUUGAGACUGAAUUUACUCAGCUCCUCCCUCACACCAGAGAUCCGCCCCUAGUCUUGUUGAUGCUAAGUGCUAACUGCUAACAACAGUAGCCUGCUUUUGUUGUCAGAGAGAGAGAAAAAUAUACUGGAUGAAUCAGGAAUUAUUAAAUCACAUCUGGAUGCAUUCAUAUGUGGUAAAAGGUCUCCAGCAUGUCAGAUCUGGUCCUGUGGGUGUCAGUAUCUCACAGUGAUCACAGUUCACACCUGCAGUGAAGCUCCUCAUACAACAAUUCACUAAUAAAUACUGGGAAUAUUCACAUCAUCCUACAAGAGAAGGACAAACUCCAGGUGUAGCAGCUGAAAUCUGUGUGACUGUUAAAGAUGGAGUUUAUUAAAGAGGAGACUGAAGACAUGAGUGAUCCAGAACCAUCCAGAGUAAAACAUGAAGAUACUGAGACACAAAUAGACUGGAUGGAGUUUAAACCGCUAAAACAUGAACUGAAUGAAGCAGAGGAGGAAAAGCAGAGCCUCAAAACUAAAGGAACAAAAGCUAAUAAGCCGUACACCUGCCCUCAGUGUGGAACGAGUUUCAGUCUAAAAGGAAACCUAAAGACACACAUGAGAGUUCACACUGGAGAAAAACCGUUUACAUGCACUCAGUGUGGAAAGAGUUUUUCUCAAGCAUCAGGUCUCAGUUAUCAUCUACGCAUUCACUCUGGAGAAAAACCAUUUAACUGUGAUCAGUGUGGUAAAAAAUUUUCUUCAUCAUCACAUUUAAAAGAUCACCUAAAAGUUCAUUCAGGUGAGAGGCCUUAUGUGUGUUCUCUCUGUGGAAAGAGUUUUUCAUUGCUGCAGAGUUUGAAACUGCACCAGAAAAAUCAUAACGAAGUGAGAGAUCAUGUGUGUUUUGACUGUGGGAAGAGCUUUACGAGAGCUAUCGGACUGGAACACCAUCAAAGAACUCAUACUGGAGAAAGACCUUACAAGUGCUCAUAUUGUGACAAGAGUUUCACUCAGUCUACACACCUGAAAUCACAUGAGAGAGACCAUACUGGAGAGAAGCUGUACUACUGUACUCCAUGUGAGAAGACUUUCAGAUGUAAAAAAGAUCUCAAUUAUCAUCUGCGCAUUCACUCUGGAGAAAAGCCAUUUAAUUGUGAUCAGUGUGGUAAAAAGUUCAUUUCAUCAUCAAAUCUAAAACAACACCUGAAGGUUCAUUCAGAUGAGAGGCCUUAUGUGUGUUCUUUCUGUGGAAAGACUUUUUCAAGGAUGAACAGUUUUAAACUGCACCAGAAAACACAUGAUGAAGUGAAAGAUCAUGUGUGUUUGAAGUGUGGAAAGGGCUAUAUAAGAGCUACCGAUCUGGAGCAGCACCAAAAAAUUCAUACUGGAGAAAAACCUUACAAGUGCUCAUCUUGUGACAAGAGUUUCGCUCGGUUUGGACAACUGAAAAUACAUGAGCGAGUUCAUACGGGAGAAAGACCUUACAAUUGCUCAUAUUGUGACAAGAGUUUCGCUCAUGUUGGAAACCUGAAAUUACAUGAGCGACUUCAUACUGGAGAAAAACCUUACAAGUGCUCAUAUUGUGACAAGAGUUUUGCUAGUUCUGAAAGCCUGAAAACACAUGAGCGAGUUCAUACUGGAGAGAAGCCGCACCACUGUACUCAGUGUGAGAAGAGUUUUAACCGUUUAUCAAGCCUUCACAAUCAUAUGAAAAUAUGUUGCAAGUGAGAAACAUUUGUUUUUUUGUCAAAUAAAUUCAACUAACUAGUGUGAGAUAAAAUAUGGAGUUUGUCCUAAAUGCGCAGUAUCAUCUAGUUGAAUUUUGUCAAUUUGGUGACAAAAUAGUUUUUUUUUUUAAAUUAUAAUGUUGCUAAAUAAAGUCAUUUCUGUAUUA